AUGAGACCGUAUCGUCCCAGGAUUGUCCCGCUGUUAUUCACGCUUGUGAACGUGUGGUUGUGGAUGUACUUACUAGUAGAGGUCGCUCCACAGACGUGCCAGAAAACUGUGUUCCAGUGUACCUACAGCACGUUAAACCUUUCUUCCGAUGGACUACAGGAUUUGAGAGCAUCGGUGGAGCUUUCACCGGGAAUGUAUUCGAUCGAAGUGAAUCGGCUUAUCACCAAGUACACCGAUGGUGUGCUUUUGCAAAUACUCUCUGAGUUCGCUGACACAGUAGAGUAUCAGCGAUACCACGAACGUGUGCUGAGAAUCCCACCCAAUGUUGAUCUACAAGCGAUCACGGUGAAGCAAGCUCCCCAGCUGCAAGUGAUAACAGUCGUUGCACCGAACACUAAACUGACGCUGCUAGAAUUACACAACACUGGACUGAGCACUCUUCCAGCUUCGCUCCACAAUCUGCGCGGAUUAUAUAUCCUAAAAAUAUCUGAAUGUAAUUUAGAGUACUUCAGUUUGGAUCCGCUGGCUAACAGCCCCAACAUAAGCAUAGUCACGAUAGACGACAACAAUAUCAACAAGCUUGUGACGAGCAACAACUCACAGCUGUUCAUACCGAUCACGACCUUGUCACUUUCCAACAAUCAACUGCAAUUCGUCGAUGAGGAUUUCUUUAAGCCCCUCAGAAACCUAGAGUUUCUUGUGUUGACACGCAACAAGAUAAAACGCUUUGGUGGUCGGCCCUUUAUUCUGUCUAACCUGAUGGUUUUCAACCUGAUUCAAAACCAGCUACUGAGCUUGAACGUGACACAGUGGAAGAUGCCAGCCCUGGUAGAGUUCUGCCUCGAUUACAACAAUUUAACGCGUGUUCCCGCUGGCCUCGUGGGAUUUCCUAAGCUUGAGAUCCUACGGCUACGUGGCAAUCGCCUCACCAGUAUCGAUUUGCGUCUCCUCGAGGGAUUCAAAGCACGUUUGAGAGCAUCGGCACGACUUUUGGAGAAUGUGUUUGUCAUCGAGGUGGAACAACUUAUCACUCCGUACGUGGACGGUGUUCUACUGCAGUUGCUAUCGGAAUUCGCCAAUGAAGUUAUCUACGAGCAGUACUAUGAACGUGUGCUGCGAAUCCCACCUAACGGCGACCUGCAAGAGAUUACGUUGAACAAUGCUCCCGAGCUGCAAGUGUUGACGGUCGUCGCACCAAAUUUCCAGUUAAAAUCGUUGGAAUUACAUCGGACCAGACUUGAAAUGUUUCCCGAAGCGUUGCUCAACCUUCGACGACUAGCCCAUCUAAUAAUGGUUGAGGGUGUUUUAGAGAAUUUUAGUUUGGAUUUGCUGGCCAACAGCCCCAACAUUUCCACAGUAGUGAUCAGUACGAACAAAAUCAACCAGCUAAUCACCAGUAACAACUCGGUGCUCUUUAUACCAAUCGUGGACUUAUCAUUAGCAGACAAUCAGCUGCAAUUCGUUGAUGGGGAUUUCUUCAAACCUUUACGAAACCUGGACUAUCUAAAUCUGGAGAACAACAAGAUCCAGCGCAUCGGCGGGCGAACCUUCAUACUACCCAACGUCAGAUACAUAAAUCUGAUGCAUAACGAGCUGCUAACUUUGAACGUCACUCGGUGGAAAACUCCGAAGCUUUUGGAGAUCGUUCUCGAUUACAACAACCUAACACGGAUUCCCGUUGGUCUGGAACGGCUCCCAAAGCUCAGUAAUUUGCUGAUUUCAAACAAUCGGCUUACUUCUGUUGAUCUGCGCCGUUUCGAUGGCUGUGGAGGAUUACUCAAAAUCGAUCUCUCCAACAAUCUGCUCCAAAACGUGCUCGUCUCGCAAGCUGGACGAGUUUCGUUGCCUAAUCUGACGAUAUUUAAUCUACCAAACAACAAACUUAACCGUCUCGAAGUCGCUAAAUGGGACUUUCCACUCUUAGAUUCGUUGGUGAUCGCGUUCAAUCAGCUACAGCGGCUGCCGAAUCUGUUCCAGUAUCUGCCCAAACUGCGAAGGGUUACCGCAUUUAAGAACCCUUUACUCUGCAGUACUGUUCGACAGUGGCAGCAAUACGUAAGCGAUUAUAAGCUGCAAAUCGACACAACCGCAUAUGGCAUGCCCUGCGAAACAAAUAGUACCUUUACGCUCCCAUCAGGAAGGGUGCUCUGUUGCGUGGAGUAA